AUGGCUCACCCGGCUGACUUCAGCGUCCCACCGCCGCUAACCCUGCCACUAGUCGAUGAGACAUUCGACAUUCGACAUUCAGAGAUGAACGCCACAGAACAGCAGCCAAUCCAAGGCGGGCCCCAACAAUCGGGUAGCGGUCAACCUGCCACCGGCAGUGAUGGUGGCACAGGCUGGCGCCCUGGCCUCGACCCAAGCGACGAGGCUCGCCUCACGCAGGCGCAGAAGGAGCAGUUCGCCACUGUCGAGGAGAUUCCCACAGACAACGCCAGUCUUGGCUGGUACUCUGUUAGCUGCCUCAUAUUGAACCGUCUGAUUGGCUCCGGCAUCUUCAACAGCAGCUCCGUCAUCUUUUCCAACACGCAAAGCAUCGGCAUUUCGCUCCUUUUCUGGCUCUAUGGCCUCACCAUGGCCAUCUCCGGCACGAUUGUGUACAUUGAACUCGGCCUCACAGUUCCAAGGUACCGUCUGGGCGACGGGACAAGCAAAAUUUCCGUUGUCCGAAGUGGUGGAGAGUUGCCCUACCUCAACUACUUCAUCAAACGGCCCAGGUUCCUCGCCACCUGCCUCUUUGGCGUAUCCUUCCUCAUUUUUGGCAACACGAGCUUCAACUCGAUUGCUUCUGCGGUGGCUGUGCUGCAGGCAUCCAACACCGAAGAAACGCGUGGCAUGGUCGCAGGUAUCGCCAUGGCGGUCAACACGUUCGCAUGUUUGCUGCAUAGCAUGUCGAGGAAGUGGGGCAUUAGACUCAACAACUUCUUCGGUACUGCCAAACUGGCCAUGCUUUUCUGCAUGAUUGUUUUCGGCUUCGCCCAGCUCGGGAAAGACGGAUCGGUCGCGGCGACGAACUUUGAUAGGACCACUGCCUUUUCGACGGCUAAUAGUCCCGAGGAGGUGUACAGAUAUGCGGAGGCCAUCAUCCUUGCCAUCUUUCCUUUCAGUGGCUUCCACCAAGCCAACUAUGUUUCACAGGUCCUGGCCGAGAUUCAACACCCACGUCGGAACUUUGCGCAGGUUUCCUUCUUUUGCGUCGCUUUGACCGCCUCUUUCGUGGUCACGAUAAACAUACUUUACGCUGCGGUUAUUCCAAAAGACAUACUGUUCAUGUCCAAUCACGACCAAGCAUUCGAGUUCUUCAGCCACACGAUCGGCCGUGUCUCCUCAAGAGCGCAAACACAAGCCAUUUGCGGAUCCUUCCGCGCCCUCUCGGCCAUCGGAAACGUCAUCGUCUUCACUUUCACCGCUGCCCGUGUCAAGCAGGAGAUCGCGAAGGAGGGCAUCCUCCCGUACCCCCUGUUGUUUGCGUCUUCGUAUUCUUUCUCCAUUAGAAGUGGCUUCCGGCGCUUACCACCGUCGCGAUCGGGCUACCAACUCUACAGCUCUCGUGCCCCUGCUGCCGCGCUGGCUUUGCACUGGGUGGUGACUUCGAUCGUCAUCUUGGCAACCGUCUUUGGCACCGUGGAGCUGUCCUCGUCCGAGUCAAGAUUUGACCUUUCCGCCUAUUAUCUUGGCAUCGCAGCAUUUGCCUAUGGGUUGGACAUCAUCUGGUUCUCCGUCAUGGGGACCGGGGUUCUCUGCCUUCGUCUCUGGCCAGGCACCGCUGCGACAUUCGCAGCGACAAACGCUUUCCCGCUCAUCGCCAUCUGGAUCCCCGAUCCUGCUGCGAAAUUCUUAUCCAACACGAGUGACUCGGUGGCGUGGUAUGCGCCCCAGACGUACGGAAUUGCGGUCCUGGUCUUUGGAGUGAUGUACUGGUUGUGCUUCCGGUUUUACAUAUACCAUAGGAAGAUGAAGGCUGGCGAGUCGCUGGAGAUUGUUCGGAUUCCCAUUUUCUGGAGGAGCCCUAUUGGUGAGCUGCUGCAGCUGUAUGAGAUUGUCAAGGUCAGGUGGACUCGAUACAUCCAAGGAGAGAAGAGGGAGUCAACUACUGUGCGGCUCACAGAGUUCGGUACCCCUGGGUAUGAGACGAGAACAACAUCAGCAGCUUCCAGGGAGCGAGGUUCAAAGAGGGUGUCGGGAGCGAGGAAGGACACGUGA